CCGCUUUCAGUGAAAAAAGAAAACACCAAAAGUUGAGAGUAGCCACCACAACCCCUUAAACCCCAUAAACCCCAAACCUGCUGCGGCGACUCCCAAACUCCACCGCCGAAGAUGAUUGGGGGCGGCAAGAGCUACGUCACAGCCCCACCGGCCUUCUCCAACGACGCCAAGCGCCUCCUCGUCUGCACCGGCAACGUCGUCUCCGCCUUCAGCACCUCCACCGGCUUACAGAUACUGUCGUUGGAGGGCCACACGGCGUUGGUCACCGCCGUCAUAGUGGUUCCCGGUAACAAAGCCCUCAGCUUCUGCUGGACGGCCUCGCUUGACGGCACCGUUAGGUAUUGGGACUUUGCCGCCGCCGAGUUGAUGAAGACCAUUGAUAUCAAGAUGCCAAUUUACUCCAUGGUUAUUCCGGCAUUGUUGUUGGGCCAAACGGAUUCGAAGGUGAUGCCGGCCGAUGCUUUUGCUUAUUUGUCUGUUGAAAACACCACCCAAGACAAUGCACCCAAGGCUUUGCGUGGGCAGAUUCGCAAGUGUAAUUUGACUGAGUCUCGAUUGGCUGGUGUUAUUCUCGCAGAGACUAGAAAACCAGAAGUUAUAUCUAUCAGUCCCUCAGGAAAAUUCUUUGGCAUCCGGAACAAGCGGAAGCUUCAUAUCUGGAGAGCCCCUGCUAAAGAUUCUAAACUCCCAGUGGCCAAGAUUACGCUACAACAUACAAGAAAUUUUACACUUCUGGCAUUUCAUCCAACAAAGAGGCUAGUUGCUGCAGGUGAUACAUCUGGGAGAAUUCUAAUCUGGAGAGGGUUUGGUAACCGUAAAUUUUCGGAUGGUGACAAACUAGUAAAUCAGGGAUCAAUGAAUGAUGAGGAAGGAAGACCUGGGAUCAGGGGAGAUGAUGAUGCUGACUCUUGCACCACUUGGCAUUGGCAUCCUACGGGAAUUAAUCUCCUGCGUUUUUCUUCUGAUGGAGCGUAUUUAUAUUCAGGUGGAAAGGAAGGAGUUCUCGUGGACUGGCAGCUAGACACAGGGAAAAAGAAAUUUUUACCAAGAAUUGGAUCUCCACUUCUAUAUUUAACUGAUUCUCUAGAUCCUUCACUUUCUGCUCUAUCUUGUGCAGAUAAUCAAAUUCACUUGCUAAAAAUGCCCUCAAUGGAAAUCACAAAGUCUAUUUCAGGGAUCAAGCUCCCUUUUUCUUCUCCGGACGUAUAUGAAGCCAUAUGCAGCAAGUUUUCCUUCGAUGACACUGCUGGGUUAGUUGCCUUGCGUACAGAGAACUAUCGCAUCCAGUUUUACAGCUUGUUUGAUGACCGUGAAAUUUCUGAGGUUCAAGUCUGUGAGAGAAACCAUCAACCAGGCGAUGAAGUCUCUGUAAUAGUGACUUUGGUGUCUCUGUCUGGAGAUGGCUCUAUGAUGAGCACGGUGGAAGUUAAUUUGCCUGAGGAUGGAAUAGGUGGUCUUGUGUGUCUUAAGUUCUGGGCAUCAGAUUCGCAGAACAAAAAUUUCAACUUGUCCACCAUUGUGUAUGAACCUCACAGGGAUGCUGGAGUUUCUGCUCUUGCUUUUCAUCCUACCCGUCAAAUGGUUGUCAGUUCAUCAUAUGGUGGGGAUUUCAAGAUUUGGGUUUGCAGUGACGAGAUUCAGCAGAAACAAGAUACACUACAGCAUUCUGGGUGGAUGUGCCAUGCUGUAGGUUCAUACAAGAAAAAGCCAAUGACAGCUGCUGCAUUUUCUGCCGAUGGUUCUGUUCUGGCUGUUGCAGCUGAAACUGUAAUCACACUAUGGGACCCUGUGAACAACAUGCUUGUGGCUGUGCUUGGAGAGAUGCAGAUGCCAAUUGUGACCCUCUCCUUUGCUGGGAAUUCGGACUAUCUUUUGUCUAUCUCCCGGGGUUCAAAACCACAGUUAUCUGUGUGGAGCAUGUCAAAGCUGUCUGAGUCUUGGUCAUACAAGCUUGACAUAGAAGAUGUUACGUGUGCGAAAGAUUCAUCAUCAUUUGCAGUUCUUGCCCUUUUGCCAAAAUCAUCUACUUUUAUGGGCUCUAAUGAACCAAUUUUUCAAGGAAAAGAUGGGGUAAUCUUAUUAUUCAAUGCAACAGAUCCUGUUCCAUUGGCAAUGUGGUCCGUAAGGAAGGCCAAGGGAGGGGGACUUGCUUUCCUUAAAGGGAACUCACCUUCCUUUCAACAACAAAGUAUAGCGGAUGGAAAAUCACCACAAGCUUUGCUUGCCUAUAUAAAUGCCGAUCAUGAGUACAUCCUCUUUAAUCCAUAUGACAAUGAUGCACGUGAACUUAGUAUGACCAGGGGGAAGGAUCGUGUUGCCGUUGACGAAACAGCGCAAUAUGGAUAUGCAUCUAUCUAUGGGGAGCUACCGCAAUUUGAGACGAAGAGAGACCAGACCUUGUUAGCCCCAUAUGCUCCAUCACAAAGGCCUUGGGAGACCAUUUUUAGUGGGUCAUCACAUAAUCUUCUACCCCUACCUAAAUUGUGUUUAGAGUUUAUGGAAUCGCUGCUAGAAAGGAGGACUACCACAGUAGAAUAACUUGAUUCAUUGCCCUCUACUGUACUGCCAAUCUCAACUUCAGGUGAGUAUCAGAAGAUUUGUUGUCUGGUUAAUAUUUAUCUCUGGGGCAGAAGGCAAAACUGGUUGUUAUUAUAUAAAUGACGACAGAUUUAGUAGUCUUGGUGAGGAUUAUGGUCUUGAGUUUUGAGGCCCUUGUUGACCAAGUACAAGAUCAUGAGAAGAAGGAAUAUACCUCCUACUCCCGUCGGAGGGGGUAGUUCCUGCAAAGUUUUGUAAUUUUAUAUCCGAAAGAAAAUCUUGUAAUUUUGAUCAGUUUGUGUUGAGUUCUAAUCUAAGCUGAGAAUGAUUUAACAA